AUGCUAGGUUGGAAUAAGAUUACUCAACUCACAAGUAAGGCUGGUGGAGCAGUAUCUAAAGUCAAGGAUUUCGCAAAAGAUUUGAUUACAGUUGAUGCAGAGGAGAAUGAAAAUUAAACAAAUAAUGUUAAUCAAGAUUUUCAAUCUGCAUUUGCCUAAUUAUAAAAAGGAUACGGUUUAGCCUAAAGUCCCAAAGAGAAUUCAAAAAAAGCAAAUGACUCGUCCUCCAGGAGUCCCAUUGAGUCGACUUCUCCAAUUCAAAUAGAGAAGAAAAUUGAAAUGCAGGAAAUUAAAAGACCAGAAAUUGAUAAUUCAUCUUUGGCUGAAAUCAAAGAAUUUAUUUAACAGACCUUUGCAUCAAUCUAAUAAACAAUUAAUACUUCAUUAAGUAUUUCAGAAGAAUUGUAAGAGAAUUAAGAAGGAUUUAAUCCUGAUACUUAAACAGAUUAGUAAGAGUAAACAUAGGAACAACCAGAAAUAAAUAAAUAAGAUAUUAAUAAUAAUAGUCAAACUAAUUUAGUUACUCUUAAAGAUAAGCUAAAUGAGAUCUUUAAGAAUGCAUCAAAUCAGUUAGAUAUAUUGAUUCAAUAAAUUCAAAAUAACUUUCAAGAGUCAAUCAAUAAGUUAAAUGAACAACUCUCCAUUGAGUAAUAAUCAAUAGGAGAUAUUGGAGCAUUGAUCAAUUAAUUCUUUAUUUCAAUAUCUCGCUAGAGUACUUUUUAUGAUAGAUUUAACUAACUCAGAUUGUAAAAAGGAUAGUCCAAAGAGAUUGUAAGUUUAAUAGAAAAAUCGCUUAGUAAUACAGGGACUGAAAUAUUGCAAUCGAAAUAAGAUUAGUAAUAGAGUAAAAAAGAACAGCAAUUAAUAAAUGAUAAUACGAAUCUAUAGAAGAAGAUUGUGGAGAUGCAAGAGAAGACUAAUAAUACAAAUAACUAAAUUAAGGAUUUAUAGAAUAGAAUAAAAGAACUUGAGAAAUAUCAACAAGAAUGGGAUAAAAUAAAAAGAGACUAUGCUGAGGAAAUAAAAUAAAAUUUUAAUGAGUCAGAGAAUCUUAAGACUAAGCUUAAAUAAAAGGAGCAAGAGUUAUCAUAAAGUAAUUAAGAUUUGCAGAAAAUGCAGGAUCUUAGAACACUCUUAGAGUAGAAAUAGGAAGAAAUUGAUCGAUUGGAAAAACUAUUAGAAGAAUGGUAACUUGAAAACUAAUCACUCUAAAGCGGUAUUCAGGCAGCCUAACUAUAAUUAGAAGCAGAAAAAGAUUAGAAGGAGAAGAUCAUAAAGAAGUUCUAGGAGGAAUUUAAGAAACUAAGAUCUGAGAUUAGCAAAGAGGAUAUCAGCUAAUUGAAGUUCUUAAAGGAAAAUAAUGAAAAAUUGAAACUCAGCAAUUCUUAAUUGAAAUUGUAAGUUGAGGAGUUGACAAUAAAGCAUGAAUCUCUCUUACGAUCACAUGAGGAUCUGAAAUCAGAAGCUCAGGCUCUUCAUAAUAAAAUUAGGUAAGAUCAAAAUUAUGUUAAUAAUAUGGUUGAUAAAAGGGUUAUAACAAAUGUGUUGAUAUAAUAUUUUGAUUUCAAUUCUGAUUUUAAGGUUAAAGUGUAAAUAUUAGAGACUCUAGCUAGUCUAUUGGAUUUAACUAGGGAUGAAAAAGAAAAAAUAAACCCAUAUCGGAAUAAGUAGAACUAGGCGUAAGGUCAAUAAUAGUCUUCUAGUUUUAGAGAUAAAUUUAUUGGGUUCCUAAAACAAGGUGAUUGA